AUGGACAAAGCCUAUUCCAAGACCUUAUUACUUCCCAAAACUAAAUUUUCGCUCUGGAAUGAUCCCUCCAAGGAUCAAGCAUUUGUAUCAAGGACAUGCGACGAGUUGUAUCGAUGGCAGUGGGAAAACGCAAAGGGCCCGCUGUUUGUGUUUCAUGACGGACCUCCAUAUGCGAAUGGAGAGUUGCACAUUGGACAUGCCCUUAACAAGAUCCUAAAGGAUAUCAUCAACCGGUAUCAUGUCUCCCUUGGUCACAGAGUACACUACAUGCCAGGUUGGGACUGUCACGGUCUUCCCAUUGAGAACAAGGUGCUGGCGAAACUGGGUAAACGCGCUCAAGACCUUUCCCCGGAUGUCAUCCGCAUAGAAGCGGAGGCGUUCGCAAGAGAGGAAAUGCGAGUGCAGCAGGACCAGUUCAGGCAAUUUGGUGUGAUGGCCAAUUGGCAGCCUGAGUCUACAUAUCGCACUUUGGAUCACGACUACGAGAUGAGGCAGUUACAGAUCUUCCAGAAGAUGGUAGAAAAAGGUCUCAUCUAUCGAAACUAUCGUCCUGUAUACUAUUCCCCGUCGUCGUCAUCGGCACUCGCGGAAGCAGAACUGACAUACAACGAGAAACAUGUCUCGCAUUCGGUCUAUGUCGCCUUUGAGCUCAAUACAGCCAGCCCGAACAUGAGCACCACGCUUCGCACGCUCGUCACCGGACGAAAGAAUGUACGGCUGCUGGUAUGGACGACCACACCCUGGACUCUCACUGCCAACAUGGCAAUCGCUGUCAAUCCGGAAAUGAUGUACAAAGCCGUGGCCGCUAGCGCUGACCCUACUGCGCCGUUGGACAUAUUUGCGUGUGAUCUCGAGAAUAACAUAGCAAAGCACCCGGAAGUUCUCGGUUCUGCGGUCCCUAUAGCUGAGAUUCCAGGACACGAGCUGGUCAAUGCGACUUACCGCUCAAUCUUCUCUUCCUUGCACGAUACUGGCCCUCGCGCAUCGCUUCCCAUCCUCUCCUCCUCGCACGUUACGCCAGACUCCGGUACCGGACUUGUACACUGUGCCCCCGCUCACGGUGCUGAGGACUAUGCUGUCAUGCGUUCCCUCGGACUGCUCCCCUCUUCCUCUACGCUAGGGAGCCUGCUCUGUCACGUCGACUUGCUUGGGCAGUUCACAGAAGAUGUAGCUGACGAGGUCGGCGAGAGGGCAGCGCAUGCUUUGAUCGGCAAGGAUGUGCUUGGUGACGGCAGCAAGGCGAUUGUAGAGCUUUUGAUGAAGGCUGGCGCGCUCAGGAAAGUGCACAGGUAUACCCAUCGAUAUCCAUACGACUGGAGGACAGACAAGCCCGUCAUCGUUAUUGCUACGUCGCAGUGGUUCGCGAGUACAGAUCAGAUCAAGGAAGAUGCCAUCGCUGCACUCGAAGACGUGGCCUUCCACCCUGCGGCUUCGCGCAACCGACUAGAAUCUUUCGUCCGCUCGCGCUCGGAAUGGUGCAUCUCCCGGCAACGGGUUUGGGGCGUGCCUAUUCCCGCUAUGCACCACAUACCCACAGGACGCUCACUCCUCGACUCCGCCAGUCUCGACCACAUCCUCAGCAUCUUGCAGGAGAAGCGGACGGAGUACUGGUGGAAGGGACCCGUACACGAAUUCGUCCCGCCCGCGUUGCGGGACGGCAUGGACGAGCGGAAGCUUGCAGAGACAUGGCGUAAGGGCACGGACACGAUGGACGUGUGGUUUGACAGUGGCACUUCCUGGUCGAUGCUGGACGGGCUGUACCGUGAGGGCGGAAGUGGAAAUGGGCGGACCUUCGGUGCAGACGUGUGCCUGGAGGGCUCCGAUCAGCACCGCGGAUGGUUCCAGAGUCAGCUGCUGACGGCGAUCGGAUCGGCUACGGCAGAGGAGCGCAAAGGCGUCGCGCCGUAUAGCACGCUCAUCACGCACGGGAUGGUGCUGGAUGAGUCGGGAAGGAAGAUGAGCAAGUCCGUGGGGAACGUCAUCAGUCCCAUGGCCAUCAUCCAUGGUGGGAAGGACAAGAAGAAGGAACCUGAGUAUGGCACGGAAGUUCUCCGUCUAUGGGCAGCUACCGUGGAGUUCACAAAGGACAUGCACAUCGGCCCGACGUUGCUCGCUCAGUGCAAAGAGACGCUGCGCAAGAUUCGGAACACGGCGCGCUUCAUUCUAGGUGUGCUGGGAGACCAGCAAAAUUCUGACAAAGCUGAUAGAAAGGAAUUUGGUUUGGCGGAGCGCUACGUGAUGCACGAGUUGUACAAACUGGAGCAGGAAAGCCUGCGGGAUUACGCUGCGUUUGACUUUCCCAGAGUGGUGAACGGGCUUGCAAAUUUUGCGAGCAUCACGCUCUCCUCGCUGUACCUCGACAUCACGAAAGAUUGUUUGUAUGCAGACGCGAUAUACAGUCUGGAGCGACGCAGGGUCGUCACCGUACUUGAGCAGGUAUUGAACACAAUGACCUCGGUAAUGGCACCUAUAUUGCCUUAUGUUGCCGAAGAGAUACAUGAAAUCCUUCGUUCCGCUCCGGGCACUUCGGUCUUUACGAAGAAGUGGACACAGCUGGAUAGCAACUGGGAAGAUUCAGAUGCUGAGCGUGACAUGAAUGAGCUUCUUCGCAUACGCAGCAAAGUGUUAGCUGCGCUCGAGCAUGCCCGUCAGGACAAGAAACUUCGAAGUUCUCUGGAAGCUGGUGUACAAUUGACCUUGCCAGAGAGUGUACCUCAAGGUGUCCAGCAUCUUAUCGACGUCCUGCGUCGUGAAGAAUCUUUCCUGAAGACGCUUUUCAUCGUCUCAGAUGUGUCGCUAUCCGCAAAAGAUUAUACACCGCAGCCAGGUGGUUGGGUGUAUUCGGAGUCUCUUCCACUCGGUGGCUCUGAAGCAUCAGUGAAAAUCAUCGUGCAUCCCGCCACCUUAAACAAGUGUCCCCGAUGCUGGGCCUACACGCGGUCGAAGGAAGAGACAUUGUGUCACAGGUGCUCAGAGGUCGUGUCUGUCAGCUAG